GGACGAAGACGUCGCGAAUGAGCCACUCGGUACGCCUCCUCGACUAGCUAAGUUUUUGAACCGAAAAUCAAUCGGUCAAUCGAUCAAUAAAAUACUGCUCGAAGCGUUCCCACGGCGGCAGCGAUGUCCCUCGUGCUGUACCAGAUGAAGGCCAGUCCGCCGUGCAGGGCCGUGAUCAUCGUCGCCAAGCUGACGGGACUCGUGCUCGAACUGAAGGUCGUCAACGUGCUCACCAAGGACCAGAUGAAGCCCGAAUUCCUCAAGAUGAACCAGGCGCACACGAUCCCUACCCUGGUCGACGACACCUUCGUGCUGUGGGAAAGCCGGGCCAUCAUGCGCUACCUGGUGGACAUGUACGCGCCCAACCACCCGCUCUACCCGAAGGACAUCAAGAAGCGGGCCCUCAUCGACCAGCUCCUGGACUUCGACAUCGGAACCCUCUACAAGGACAUAUCGACCUACUUCUACUCAUAUCUGCUGAAAGGCCAGCCCAAGGACAACCAGAAGGAAGAAGCUAUGAAAGCAAGCUUCCGGACAUUUGAAAGCAUCCUGGGGGACAAAAGCCAGCGGUACCUGGUGGGUAAGGAGAAGAGCCUGGCGGACAUCUCCAUCAUGGUCAGCCUCUCUGUUCCAGAGGUGGUGAAGUACGACAUGUCUCCGUUCCCGAAGGUGAAGGCCUGGUACGAGUGGAUUCAACGGGAGCUGUCCGCCGUCAACCAAGUAAACCGCGAAGGGAUCGCCGAGUUCAGGGCGGCGUUGGGAAUGUCGUGAACACGUCGGACCCACGCAACCCUGCUGCGUCACCGUCUCGUCUUCUGCACGUCGUCAUCGUCGUCUCGGCGCGGGGUCGUCAUGAGCCAGUGCCGAGUCGCCAUAUUAGCAGUUACGCACCGAGCCUCGGACGGGGCUGGGGGACGACGUAUUGUAUAGAAAUCUAUUCAAAUAAGAAUGCGAACUUGUCCUCUAAUACGGCGAGGGUUGUUCGAUGGCGUCACGACACUGUCCAAACGCUUAGCGCUGCAGCCAGCAUACUAUACUGAUACAGUACCGGUAAGGUGGCCCCUCGCCACUUUACCUUAUAUAGCAUUCAGAAGAUGAACGUGACCGACCACUCCAAUAGGCGCCAGUUUUGGAAUCGCCGCUUGUCAACUUAGCUCUUUCGCCGCCGUACGACGACAACAGUGGAGCAAUACACAGACGUUUCUCGUCUCCUUCUGUUUUCGCCGCCAGAUUGUGUUCGAUUUCUUUUGAUCGCUUGUCCACGUGGAUAACGUGGAUACGACGACUUUGCCUUAUUCCUGUCGCUUACUGGACUGUGGUUGCUUCUUAGAGUACAAUGCCAGCUCUCUCUCUCUUUUUUUUCUUCCUCCCUCUCUCUCUGAUACCAACUCAAGAUAACUGCCCGAGGGCGCCUUGCUCACUUCUAAAGACCUAGCUCGCAAUCUGUGACUCCAAGACGUGCUUUUAAGCCCUCACUAAACAGCUUCGUAUUUUCACCACCAGGCGAGCAAUAAUCUCGUUGCAUAAGAAUGAAUUAGCGCGAGACCCCCACUGGGCAGGUUCGAAUACAGAACGCUAUGUGCCAUUUGUUUAGUUGGAGAGCUUUUUCGUUGCCACGAAGGCGUGCCAGAUCAAUGCGGCAAUAAAAAAUGAAGGCAAAUUUCCUCUUUCGUUUAGAAAUACUCUCCGGUUUAAAGUUGGUCUGCUCUGUGACAGCUCGUUUUCUCGCUUAUUCUCGUCCCUCCCAA